CGGUGCCGGGAGCGCCGCGGCGUCCCUGUGCCCCGCAGCCCCGCAUCAUGGAGCGGCCGGCGCCCUUGGCCGUGCUGCCCUUCUCCGAUCCCGCGCACGCCCUGAGCCUGCUGCGCGGGUUGAGCCAGCUGCGCGCCGAGCGUAAAUUCCUGGACGUGACCUUGGAGGCGGCGGGCGGCCGCGACUUCCCCGCGCACCGCGCUGUGCUGGCGGCCGCCAGUCCCUACUUCCGCGCCAUGUUCGCGGGCCAGCUGCGCGAGAGCCGCGCCGAGCGCGUGCGCCUGCACGGGGUGCCGCCCGACAUGCUGCAGCUGCUCCUGGACUUCAGCUACACCGGCCGAGUGGCGGUGAGCGGCGACAACGCCGAGCCGCUGCUGCGCGCCGCGGACCUGCUGCAGUUCCCCGCCGUGAAGGAGGCGUGCGGCGCCUUCCUACAGCAGCAGCUCGACCUGGCCAACUGCCUGGACAUGCAGGACUUCGCCGAGGCCUUCAGCUGCUCGGGGCUGGCGAGCGCAGCGCAGCGCUUCAUCCUACGCCACGUGGGCGAACUGGGCGCCGAGCAGCUGGAGAGGCUGCCGCUGGCGCGCCUGCUGCGCUACCUGCGCGACGACGGGCUGUGCGUGCCCAAGGAGGAGGCGGCCUACCAGCUGGCGCUGCGCUGGGUGCGCGCGGACCCGCCGCGCCGCGCGGCGCACUGGCCGCAGUUGCUGGAGGCCGUGCGCCUACCCUUCGUGCGGCGCUUCUACCUGCUGGCACACGUGGAGGCCGAGCCGCUGGUGGCGCGCUGCCCGCCUUGCCUGCGUCUGCUGCGCGAGGCCCGCGACUUCCAGGCGGCUCGCUACGACCGGCACGACCGCGGGCCCUGCCCCCGCAUGCGUCCUCGCCCUUCCACCGGCCUGGCGGAGAUCCUGGUACUGGUGGGAGGUUGCGACCAGGACUGCGACGAGCUGGUCACCGUCGACUGCUACAAUCCGCAGACGGGCCAGUGGCGCUACCUGGCCGAGUUCCCUGACCACUUAGGUGGGGGCUACAGCAUCGUGGCGCUGGGCAACGACAUCUACGUGACGGGCGGGUCUGAUGGCUCCCGGCUCUAUGACUGUGUGUGGAGAUACAACUCAAGUGUGAACGAGUGGACAGAGGUGGCACCUAUGCUCAAGGCCCGAGAGUACCACAGCUCCUCUGUACUGGACGGGCUACUGUACGUGGUGGCAGCAGACAGCACAGAACGCUACGACCAUGCCACCGACUCCUGGGAGGCCCUGCAGCCCAUGACCUACCCAAUGGACAACUGUUCUACCACUGCCUGCCGAGGCCGGCUCUAUGCCAUCGGCUCCCUGUCAGGCAAGGAGACCAUGGUGAUACAAUGCUAUGACCCAGACACCGACCUGUGGUCACUGGUGGACUGUGGCCAGCUCCCACCGUGGUCCUUUGCGCCCAAGACUGUGACUCUGAACGGACUCAUGUACUUUGUCAGGGACGACUCUGCCGAGGUGGAUGUCUACAACCCCACAAAGAAUGAAUGGGACAAGAUCCCAUCUAUGAAUCAGGUACAUGUUGGGGGCAGCCUGGCCGUCCUGGGAGGCAAGCUCUAUGUCUCUGGGGGAUACGACAAUACGUUUGAACUCUCAGAUGUGGUAGAGGCAUACGACCCAGAGACCCGAGCAUGGAGCGUGGUGGGGCGGCUCCCAGAGCCGACCUUCUGGCACGGCAGCGUGAGCAUCUUCCGCCAGUUCAUGCCACAGACACCGGCGGGGGGCCGUGGCUUUGAGCUGAACAGUGGCAGCAGUGACAUGGAUGCAGGCCACCGCAGGCUGCCACAGAACCCUGAGGAGCUACACUAGCCCAGGCCUGGCCCAGGGGAGGGCCUUGGUGCAAGGGGCCUGGCACCUGCAAAGGAGUGGCCCCUCCUUUUUGCACAGGAUGGGGUCACCAAGCAGAGAAGUGGGCCCU